AGCUCUCAUACUCCAAAUCUUUGAGACUCAAUUCUAUAUUACUUGUAGCAAUUGGCUCGAGGGAGCAAGGAACAAUUCCUGGCCACCCGACGACUGCAUCUAAAGAGCUAUUCUCACUCCCAUCACCCAUCGAGUCAACCCCCGAAACCUAGACAUCCUUCAAUCGACCAUAAAACAUGCCGACCCCCGAAUCAGAAGCCUUUCUCGCGAAGAAGCCGAAGGUUCCGCCAACCUUUGACGGUGUCGACUUCGAAGACCACAAGGCCGUCAAAGCGGCUCAAGAUGCGAUCAUUCGCGAGCAGUGGGUUAAGGCGAUGAUGGCUCGGUUGGUGAGAGAGGAAUUAGCCACUUGCUAUCGAAGAGAAGGUGUCAAUCACUUGGAGAAAUGCGGGAAAUUAAGAGAGCGAUACUUCGAACUAUUACCGAAUACGAAGAUCAAGGGAUUCCUUUUCGAGCAGCAGAAUUAUGUCACAAAGCCGGAAUAGACGCUUUGCGUGUUUGGGAUCAAUCGGGAUGAGUUCCAGUGCACAGCGACGGUAUCCAAAGCCCUCCAUGUGCUGAAACCGGCUGCUCAAAAGUCAAGCGUCGAUUCGAAAUGGGAGGGACAGGAAGAAUUACUCUUCAGGGUUUCCAUUUGGACGGCUGAUUAUAGCAACGGCAAUUGCAUAGCAUGGAGUGGUUUCGACCGGAUCAGGUACAGGACCUCGAAGUCAACAAACUUCACAUGUAUAUACUUAAACACUCAAUGUUCAAUGCCAUCACGUUUGAAAAG